AUGAAUUAUUUCAUUGAGAUUCAGUUUAGUGAUUUAGAUGUUCUUCAAAAAAUGGUAGAUAUUGCUAAAGGCUUCGGAUCUCAAUAUUGCACCUUUUCUAUUUCACCAUCACAAAUAGAAAUAAUUGGUUCAGACGUAUCAUCCGUAUAUAUUUACGUAUCUUAUGAAAUCUCACGAAAUGCUCAACCGUACGAUAUGUCUCCGCCUCCUCAUUUGGCAAGUUUCAGUAUUCCGCAUUCGAUUCAAAAUACUGAAGCCGCUGGAGAAAAAUGGAUUCUAGUCUUUCACCAUGAGGACGCUCAUACUGAGUUAAUUUCUGAAAAGGAAAUUUUUGUGCUGCCUGAAGAUUUUUGGAGUGAACCAGCAAUUGGGUCUUUUAAUGUAGAUAUGGUGCUUCCUGAUUUCUAUAAAGUCCAUUGUGUUGGUGCGUCAAUGAAAAAUUUUAAUGAACGCAUAAAAAUUAGCGCAAACAACCAAGGAGAAUUAAGGCUAGAGACAGGGCAUGCGAUGUUCAACACGGUAACUUGUUUUAAUAAUUGUAUUAAUCAUAUGGAUUCGGUAGUGGUGCUUGAAAGAGAUAAUUUCAAAUUUGUAACUAUAAAUGUAGAUUCAGCACAUUUUGUGAAAUUUUUUAGUGUUGUAAAAGAAGAUUUUGAAAUCAAUUUUAAAAUUGUUGAUAAUUAUGCAUUAUUAUUUGAAGGCGAAAGAGAAAGAGAACACCUAAAAGUAAAGCUAAUCUUACCGGCAAAACUUUAG